UCCCUUCAGGAUGUUGCCAAUGGGUCGGCUAAUAUUGUCACUAAAAUUCUCGGUUCGUUCCAGGGCUCCAGUUCGAUGAAUCUCACACAAUUCUUCUCAAGCUUUGACAUGCCUUCGUGUUUCCGUAAAUGCAUGCCUGCCAUGGAUAACGUUGGAAUAAUGCUAGAAAUUGCCAAGAAACCAGAAGCUAUGAAGGCAAUGUGUCAAAAUUUAACUGAAUCAUCGAAAUGUGCAAUGGCUACAGGAUGUGAUGCCACAUUUGUUGGAGCUCUUUCGAAUGCUUUUCAGUUUGUUUGUUUGGAUAAUUUGGAGAAAGUUACUGCCCAAAUCACAUGUGUUCAAGAAAAUGCUGGCGACCUGCAGCAAGAGUGUGAAAAUGAGUGCGCUGUGCAAGCAGAUGCUAUUGACAAAGCUUCCAAAAACACAGCUGACCAAUUGUUCAGUGUAGAAACACUGUGUAGCUCAACCUCGUGCAUAGCCAAUUGCUACCAGAAUAAUAUUCAUAAGUUUUGUGAGAUUGGGGAAGAUAAUGUUCUCGACACAAUUUUUUCGCAAUUUGAAUCGCUAGAACGGCCCGGUCUGAUUGGAUACGUGAAGGAGAAUGAGCGAAAUAAGACAGGGAUCGCUAAGCUUUUUGGAAUGAUGAUGCCGGAAAAUUGCAAUGAUGAGAAACUCAAAAUCAAGAUUCCAAAAAAGGUGAUGCUUCCCGAAAAACCAAAAUCAGUCGGUUCGCCUCCUGAUCUCCGCAAAGAGAUUCCUAUUCAAAAGAAGUCAGUUAUUGAAACCGAAAGAAAAGUUGAGUCCGAUGAUGCUCUUCUCGCAAAGGCUGGAAAUUUGUCGUCAGCUGCUUUGAUGUACAACGGCAAAAUUCAAACAUUGCAAUGCCAAUUUCUCGACUCGCGCGGAAGCCCCCAGCAAACCCCAGAUUUCGAGACGCUGUCAAAAAUUUUAUCAAAUCACUUCAACAAGAACACUACUCCGAAUACUACUAAAGCCUCAACCGACAAACACAACGUCGAUGCAAAAGAGCGGAAGUGUCGGGAAUUGUCUUCAGAUCAACCACAGACAAGAAACACCGUAUCCACUACAGCAAUUUCGAACAUUUUCUGGAUUGUUCUGAUUUAUUUCAUAUCAGGAAUUUAUAACAAAUCUGGAAGGGAGAGCAUUAAAAAAGCUACUGUUGAGACAUAUGACAACCAACAGAUGCCUGACGAACUAGCUGCGUUCCACGCUUUCCAUCUCGAUAGUCAAGUUGAUUCAAUCGAAAAUGAACAAGAGGCCGAGCAGAAUGGAACUGGACACACGAAGGAAGAGUUCAAUCAGCUGGAGACACCGAGAUUGGCCGAUCAACAGAGUCCACAUGAACACGAAGACAAAGAUAGUGAUACUGAUGAUGAAGAAAUCCGAGUGAAAAGAAAUAAGAAGCAGAGAGUAAUGUUCACCAAGUUAGUCAAAAGUCGACUGGCAUCAGAAUGGGAAGAUAUUGGAUCCCAGACUGAUCAUUCGGAUAUGUCAGAAGGUCACUAUUCUGACGAAACGAGUGAAGAGAAAAACAAGCGUGAAUUCCGGAACAAGGCGAAAUCAGAAAAAAGAAUUUUACGGAUGGCUGCUAUCAAUGAGAAACACAAUAUU